AUGACACACGCCGCCUCUCACGGUGCCCAUGGCUCUGAAGGAGCUUCUUGGCCAUCGUGGCUUUCUCUCUGCUGCGCACCGCUGGCAUCCUCAGACGACAGGAGGCCGCGUCGUAGUAAGUCUAUGUCUAAUUCUACCUCUGCCCGCACUGCCAUUGCAUGGGCCUCGGAUUCGUCUUCUACUUUGAACAUUUCGUGGCCCGUAGGCAGGGUGAGCGACGAACAGUUGCUGAUAGGCCAAGUCGAUGAGAAGCGCUCAUAUCCAGUCAUAUACGACCAACCAAUUCACCACCCCCAACCUGUCGCCAUGCCGGACUAUCGUAAAAUGUCGGACAAGUCUACAAGAGACAGUGUCUCUUCCAAGAGAAGGAGAUUCUGGUCAUUCUCUUCAAACUCGCGCCGGCCUCUUAUAUCAGCCCCCUCAGACUUUCGCCAUGUUUCAACAUCUACCGAUCCGUUCUUUGACUAUCCUGAAUCUACACCAUCCAGGGCCUCGAAUCUUCGACCUGCUAAGCAGCUUCCUCAUCGCCCAUAUCGACCGCUCGAGUUGAGCAUCUAUCAGCCCGACAAUUUCGUAUCCCCCAUCAUGCCUCACUUUGACCCGCGACCUGCGAACCCGGCUCCUUCAUCGGACUAUUCUGAAUGUGUGUCGGAUCUUUCAGAUGGUAAAUCGGAAGAGGUGAAGCCUUCGUUGGAGCAUCAAAAGAGUUUUUCUGAUUCCCCCAUGUCAUUUCACUUCCCUCGCAGGCAAAUGACGGGAAGUGCGCCCAGUUCUUCCCAUGGAGAAGACGAGAUUCCACCUUUGAUACCUCCCAAGUCGCGGGGCCGUCCUCGGGCAUAUAGCUCACCAAACGUGGACAAGGUCAAGGAGCGAGUUGCGAGUGCCAUGCUCGAAGUUGAGAAGCUUCAGAAGCAGAUUGACGAUGUUAUUGAGAGGCAGAGUCUUUAUGUCCCUAGUCGACCACCAACUCCCCACUCAGUGGCCAGAACCAUGCCUGUUAUGAGUUCCAUGAACCAUCCCAGUGACGAACCUCUCCCACUGACUUUCGCAGAACUGGAGCCUAUGCCAUCAAUUCCAGCUCUGCCUCCAGCAGCUCCGUCUUUUGCUCAGCGCCUCAACUCCGAUGUUAUUGAGAGGCCACACACAGCACCCAUCAGGUCUCCGCGUGCACCUGUGAGGACCCCCAUUACUCCUCCUCGCCGGGCCCAAACCCCUGGUGAGCCUCGGACGCCCUCUACUCCUCUCUCUCGUCCCAAGCGCGAGGAUAUGCCCCCGCCGCCACCUCUCCCUCUGGUACUUCGACCUCCUUUGAGAAAGAAGAAGUCUUUUUCGCGGGUUUCAAGCUGGCUUUUCCCCGGAUCUCAACAUAGCCGUAACAUGAGCUUUGACUCUGUUACCAAUGUUCCUCGCCCUAUCAAGGGCAAUCAAGGUUUUUACCAAGUCUCGCUGGGCGGGACAUCAGAACGACGGCGGAGCACAGACUCUGCCGAUACCGUUAGCACUUGGGAGUCGGAUGAAGAGAACCGCACUGUUCCAACAACAUGCUCUGUGGGUAGCACACCUGCUGUGUCACAGGACGAACCUCUCAUCUCACGCUUUGCUAGUUCAACGUUUGGAAGAGGUGAUACCCGAGGUCAAAGAAGGAGUGUCGGUGUUGCGAUGUGA